AUGCCUAAUAAGAACAAGAUUCGUGGAGGAGAAGCCUACGGGGUGGUGCUCGACGCUCCUCCUCGUCGAGGACGACAACCAGAGAUUAUCAAUGGAGCCAUACCCUUAAAAUCGCAUCCAAAUGAUGGUUGCUUCAACAGGGUCCCAUAUGCAUCUCUUAUCGCCACUCUCCUUUGCUUCAUUGGAGUAAUUCUCUUCUCCAUCAUGAUGACUUGGGGAUUCAACGCAACCGUUGAGCAAACUAGGAGGUCCUUACGAAUUCAGGAUUGGCCGUGGCUUGAUAAGGUUCAAGUGUUCUUCGUCGUUAUCGCUGUUCUGAUGUCGCUGUUUGCUCUAUUUUUCCUUCUUGUUGGCUUCACAGCUACGGGAGCAACACGAGAAGAAAUUUAUAAACGUGAUCAAGCUAGAUUCGGAGGAAGGUGUGCGUGCGCUACUGCUAUGGCUUGAUAUGUAGAACUACGGGAUUUAGCCAUGGACACUCCAACUGGUGAAUAUCCGCCUCAGAAACCGGGAGGCGCAUUUUAUCAUCCUCGUACCACUGAAAAGAAAGAACUCCCACAACCUCCUAGCGAAGCUUACUCCAGAUACCCACCAUAUGCUGGAUCCGCAUCAUCUUCACGUUUGGCUGAGAAGAUGUCCGACUCAUUAAGCUCAUAUGCAUAUCGUCCUCAUAAAAGACCAUUUUAA